UUACUAUAACUGUAGUGGUCCUGCAGUAGUUUGGGCAGCGGUUGAACGUAAAGAUAAAUACCCAUACUACUGCUUUAUAAAGUAAGCAUAUAUUAGCGACCACUCAUGCGUAGAGUAUAAAAUUAGUUUUUUGUUACACAGAUAUGUUAGUCUAAGGUUUAUAGCUGCUUGUUAAGGUGACCGCAAUGGGGAAAGAGGUUAUUAUAGAAAUAUCGUGGCUUCGGCCGUUAAAACUUAUUGGACUGGCAAACUUGCUCUGCGGGAUCAUUGUGUUUAUAAUUGCGAUGAUACUUGAGGAUUGGGUUGUCAGCGAUGAGAAUGAAAACUUUCAAUUUUACAUGAGCCUGUGGAAGAAAUGCAAGAAAAUCCCACCGCCAGAGGUCGAAAGAGAGGAAGGCGUUGAAGCGGAAUGGGAAUGCCUAGAAGCAACUGCGCUUGGUGUUUACAUGUCUGUGGUACAAGCAUUGAUCGUGAUACCAUUUGUUGCUUCUAUUAUUUCCUUUAUCAUUGGUAUUGUGGCGUAUUGCAAGCGCGAAUGGAGAUUUUUGUACAAGAUUGCUGCAAUCAUCCUUAUAAUUGCUGCUGUGGCUGUCCUUGUUGGAGUAAUCCUAUUUCCAAUCAUGUUCAUCAAUAAUCUUCCGUUCUCCGCAUUCUUUUGGUUUGGGUGGGGUUAUGGUGUCUCGUGGGCGGCUUUCUGUUUCAUACUAUGUGCGGCCGUGCUCUUCCUUAUAAGCCAAGACAAAAAGGAAAUUUACCACACACAGAAAACCAUGAAAUUAUAAAUAUAGUAUGAAGUGGAGAAAAAUGGGACACAUUUUAAUUCUAAUUUCUUGUCUCGUUUUGUAGUAAACAAAGAACAUUCAAAGAAUUAUAAAACCUUAUCCUCGCGACUCCCAUAGACCGUUGUUAAUUGUUUAAAACACGAUCAGAUAUUUUUAUAUUAUAUGCUAAGGGUGUCCUAUCUUACCCCACGGAAUUGUACAUGGCAUCACCGAUGCCUUUGACUGCUUGCAUGACGGAGGUGGCAAAAUACGACUUUCAGCAUAUGAAAAACAUAGAACGCCGCUCACUUAUUUUGUAUUUGCUUUUAAUUAAUUAAACCGUCCCCAUUGUAUAUACCGUUACGAUCUUAAUUGGUUUUCACAUUCGAACUGCUAGGAAAUGUUUAAAUGUUUUAAAGGCCAUGAUAUGUACAUGUGUGUAUACGAAAAACUAACAAUAACAGCCAGCCUGUCUAAAGUUCCAAGAAAAUGUAGAACAAUUUAAAUUAUUUGGUCUCGUUUAACCCCAGCGUGAAUGAACUUCUUAUCUUUGUGUAUUUGUUCUAAUUAGCUGAUGAAUUUUCAUUAGUCGCCAUAUAAAGUGUGGACAAAGACAUUUGUUUUACUGAUGAAUGGCCGGUGUUUGGACGCUGUGAGAGAAGCUCUAAUUAAUUUAACUCUUUCAUCGUUUCGCUUUACGCCCGUUAGUAAGCGACCCAUUUCAGCACAACAGUAAUAAAGUAAUAAAUUGACCGCUUUCAAUAAACGGUCCUAAAGCGUGUG